AAAAGUGAAAUUUCCAGCAUCCAUUAUGGUCUGGGGCAGUAUGUCAUCAAAAGGAGUAGGAAAACUUCAUUUUGUUGACGAAAAUAUGGACACAAACAAAUAUCUGUCAAUUUUAGAAGAAUCGCUUUUACCAGUGAUGGAAGAAUGUUUGACAUCCGGCCAAGAUUUUGUGUUUCAGCAAGAUGGUGCAGCGUGCCAUACCUCAAAAAAGGCUAUAAAAUGGAUGGAAGAAAAUAAUGUACCACUUUUGAAAUGGGUUUCUAGCAGUUCAGAUCUGUCACCUAUUAAAACUUUGUGGCAUGAGAUGAAAAAGAAAAAUCGGCUUAGAUGGGCUAAAGAACAUAGACAAUGGUUGAAAUUUCCAGCAUUCAUUUUGGUCUGGGGCAGUAUGUCAUCAAAAGGAGUAGGAAAACUUCAUUUUAUUGAUGGAAAUGUGGAUACAAACAAAUAUUUGGCAAUUUUAGAUGAAUCGCUUUUACCAGUAAUGGAAGAAUGUUUGACAUCCGGCCAAGAUUUUGUGUUUCAGCAAGAUGGUGCAGCGUGCCAUACCUCAAAAAAGGCUAUAAAAUGGAUGGAAGAAAAUAAUGUACCACUUUUGAAAUGGGUUUCUAGCAGUCCAGAUCUGUCACCUAUUGAAACUUUGUGGCAUGAGAUGAAAAAGUUACUGUAUGUUUUCGGCAACGAAGCGCCACAUCAGUCGACAAUUUCCCAUUGGUAUGGAGAAUUCAAACUCACCCAGGAAAACGUCGAUGCUGUGCGCAAACUCAUCAUUGAAAAUAGACAUGUGCCAUAUCGCGAGAUUGAAGCGUCCUUGAAGAUCUCAAAGAUCUCAAUUCAAAAAAAUUUACAUGAAGGAUUAGGAACUGAAGAGCAGAAAGCAGCCAGGGUUAAUUGGUGUCAAAAAAUGCUUGGCCGUUUCAAUUCCGGAAACUCGCGGAUUUACUGUUAUGAACCAGAAAAUAAACGACAGUCGGCUAUUUGGGUGAUCCAAGGUGAAGAAAAGCCAACAAAAAUCAUCCGUUCUCGAAGUGUUUCGAAAAAGAUGGUCGCGACAUUUGUGUCAAAAGCGGGUCAUAUUGCAACAAUUCCUCUUAACGAGCAAAGAACUGUUACUGCGGAUUGGUAUACCUCCAUUUGUUUGCCAAAAGUCAUCACCGAGCUUCGAAAAAUCAUCCCCGUAAAAAGAAUCAUCCUCCACCAAGACAAUGCAAGCUCUCACACAGCCCAAAAAACAAAGCAUCCCGAUCUAAGUCCUAACGAUUUCUUUACUUUCCCAAAAAUUAAAAACAGACUGCGUGGUCAAAGGUUCCAGUCACCAGAAGAAGCAGUUUGGAAUAAGUGCUUCGAAAAUUGGUUCGAGUGCAUGCAGAUGUGUAUUAAUCUUCGUGGAGAAUACUUCGAAAAGCAAUAA